CAUUUUCACCCAGUUCUACGAAAGCGGGAAAUUUGGGAAUCCCUGGUUCUUGGGCAUUGCGUCAAUCAGUCUGCUUGCUUGCAAAUGGAGGAAGACCCCACCUUCGAUCCUGAUUUGAUCCAUUCGAUUUUCAAGAGCGUGUGGACGAGGAUGGCCCUUGAGCGUGAGAGAAAUGAAGCCGCCGAUGCGAUGGACAACGAGGCUGGACCUGUGAAUGCGACAUCCAAGAAGAAUAGACCAACUACUGCUAAUGCUAAUGCACUGAAGCUGAGCUGUGAACUCCUGCGGCUCUUCAUCACUGAGGCUGUGCAACGAGCUGCUGCUAUCGCUGAGGCAGAGGGUAUGACGAAGAUUGAAGCAACUCACUUGGAGAGGAUUCUUCCCCAGUUACUUCUCGACUUUUGAGGCGUUCCUUCCUGAUAGCUCGGACACUGAAAAAUCGGGUUUUGAUGAGAACUUUAGCAUUUUGUUAUUAAUCAGAUGAUAAUUGUUUCAUGCUAAAACAAGUACUUGAUACGUAGAACCUAAUUAGGAUAAUCGACAAAUUUUUUUAUUCAAUAUCCAUGCUCUCAUGUGAAUUAGCGAGGAUGUAAAGUCUCGGGGAAUCUUAUAUCAUAUUUCAGUUCUACCUCAAUUAAGGAUUCCUAAAUGAUAUCUUCCUUUGAAGAUUAUGUAGAAGCACAUCAUGCUUUACUCUGAUAUGAGGUCAAGACAUGCUUUCUAUGAGUUAUUGACUUAUGUACCUCUUUGAAUCUA